AUGUUAUGUCCUUGUUUGAAAUGUCAAAACCGAAAACAACGUGACGCGAGAACUGUGUCUCGCCAUCUUUACCGAGUCGGAUUCAAGAGUAAUUACUACUUAUGGUCAAGCCAGGGAGAAAAUUACUAUGACGUUGGCGGAUCAUCAGCAGGAGGUCCAUUUAUGGGAGAAGAGACAUAUCAAGAGAACUUUCCUGAUAUUAUGGGUGGAGGCACUGGAUCAACUCAUGUAUUGGAGAAUGUGAUGGAAGCACCCGAUGAGGAGCAAAAUGAAGAUAGUGUGUUUCAAGCAUUUGAAGCCACUAAUCAACCAUUAUAUGAAGGUAUUUCUCAGUCAUACUUGGCGUCACAAUUAAUGAAAGUAAAAACCGAUCAUAAUUUGUUAGAGUCAUGUUUGGAUGAGAUAUCACAAACUUUCAGAGAUGUUCUGCCACAACCAAAUCAAGCUCCUGCAUCAUAUUAUGAGACGAAGAAUUUGACAAAGGCGCUUGGUCUCCCUGUUGUGAAGAUUGAUAUUUGCGAGGAUAACUGCAUGUUAUUUUGGAAGGAAGAUCAAGACUUGUUGGUGUGUCAGUUUUGUGGGAAAGAUAGAUAUCACCAGAACCGUGGAAAGGGAAAAAAUCGGCCGAAAAAAAGAAUGUUUUACAUGCCUAUUACGGAGAGGUUGAAGCGGUUGUACCAAGUUGAGGCGACAGCAUCACAAAUGCGAUGGCACGCGGAACAUGAGUCACCCGAAGGAGAAAUGCAUCACCCUUCUGAUGGAGGAGCUUGGAAGCAUUUUAACAAGGUAUAUCCCAAUUUCGCUGCAGAAAGUUGGAAUAUAUAUCUUGGAUUAGCAACAGAUGGAUUUAAUCCAGUUGGUAUGAGUGGUGAAGCCCACUCGGUCUGGCCCGUAAUCGUAACUCCAUAUAACUUACCUCCUGGUAUGUGUAUGAAAAGAAAAUAUUUCUUUCUAUCAGUCUUAGUGCCCGGACCAAGACAUCCAAAGAAGAGCAUUGAUAUUUAUCUGCAGCCGCUAAUUGAAGAAUUACAAAGUUUGUGGAGUCACGGGGCAAAAGCAUACGAUAUCUCUAGAAAGGAAAAUUUCACGAUGCGGGCCGCAUUAAUGUGGACCAUUAAUGACUUUCCGGCAUAUGGCAUGAUGUCAGGUUGGAUGACUCAUGGUCGUUUAGCUUGUCCAUAUUGUCUAGAUGAUACAAAGUCAUUUUGGUUGCAACAUGGAAGGAAUCAUAGCUGGCUUGACUGUCAUCGAAUGUUUCUGCCUAAAGAGCAUCCUUACAGGAGAAAUGUCCAAGCGUUUCGAAAGGGAAAGACGAUAACCGAUGAUCCUCCACCAUGGUUGAAUGGAGAAGAAAUUCUCCGUGAAAGAAUCAACAACAUCGAAGGAUUGAAGAAAACUGUUGAAUGUGGAGGCAAUGGACACGAGAAACCUGCGAGCAACAUAGACGGAUAUGGGAAAUAUCACAAUUGGGUGAAGAAGAGUAUUUUUUGGGAUUUGCCGUAUUGGGAAAAUCUUCUUCUUCGCCACAAUGUGGACUUUAUGCACGUUGAGAAAAAUUUCUUUGAUAAUAUUAUCAACACGGUGCUUAAUGUUCCCGGGAAGACGAAAGAUAAUGCAAAGUCAAGGAUGGAUCUACCUGAUUUGUGUAGAAGGCAAGAGUUACAUAUCAAAGAUGAUGGAACGAUGCCAGUGCCGAUAUUUCGGUUGUCUAAAGAAGAAAAAAAAGAAUUCUUGUGA